CCAUCAACCUUUCCACAUCUCUGCACAUCGUCCUCGCCGGCAACGCACGCCGCCAACACUGCUGCUGCUGUUGCUGCUCACUCGCCGACGACACAGCUGUACAUGAUGGCGACUCUGGCGCCGCUCGCGCCGGCCAAGGCCAAGCCGCCUGUUCCUCCUCUCGUCAGAAUAGAUGCGCACUACAGAAAAUUCCUCGCGACCCGCUGGGUCGGCCUCAGCGUCCGCGCCGCCGUCCUCACAUCGCUCGCCCUCUUCCUCGUCCCCAUGGGAGCCAGAUGUGGCUACACGCUCCUCUCGGCGCUCGGCACCCUGUUCGUCGCUGGGCCUGUGACGUACCUGUUCGGCACGCACGUCCUGUUGCGGGUGCGGAGGUCGUGGAUCACUUCUCCCCCUACCUUGCCGGCCAAGCCAUCCCGCGCUGCCCUCGUCUUUGGAACCUUCACCCCGCGCGUGGUCGGCCUCCUGGCCGCAUACGUCGUCUUCGGCAUCGUCUUCGCCCUCUCGUACGGCUUCACACUGACGGCCCGCUCCCCCGAAGUCGCGCUCGGCUGGUUCACGCCGGCGGGGCGAUACAAGUGGCACGGCAACGAGCGACUGUGGUUCCUCGUCUCUGGCACCGUCGUUUUCUUUUUCAGCAUCGGCCUGCGCGACGUGUUUGCAACUCAGCUCGGCCCACGCUGGCCCAGGACUAGACUCCGUUUCCCCGAGGCUGUCCGCCGCUCGCUCGUCGCCUGCCUCACUGGCUUCAGGUCCGACUCUGCCCUCGUUCAUGACAUUAGUCUCGCAGCCUUCGUGAGCUUCUUGUACUCGGUCAUCUACUUCUCCUUCCGCCGCUGGGCGUGGCGCUGGGCCGUCACCCACAUUCCCAUCAUCCGCCCCUUCGUCAUCAACUUUGCAAAGAAGUCCAACGUGACAUGGACGCUCGGCUGGCACCUCUUCAUCCUUGAGACCACGGCUAUCGUGGCCAUCAAGCCUGCCCUCGCAGUGCUCAACGACUACCUGACCCAGCCGCUCAACUUUGCCUCCUUCACGGCCAAGUCCCCGUUCUCGCCUGAGAAGUACCUCCUGACAGCGCUCGACUCGAAGAACAAGUUCUACGUGCACCACACGCUCAUCGAGCUUCAGCGCCUCGCGCACAACAAGGCCCAGCGCACUGCAAUCUUCGCCGACGUUGCCCGCCCCGCCCAGAUCCACCUCAUCUUCAAGGUCCUCCUCAUCCAGCUCGGCAAGAACUACGAGGUGCUCGCAAACCGCGGCGCGGCGCCGAAGGCCAAGGCCAAGGCACAGGUGCACGCGCCGUCCGCGCCGGAUGCACACUCAGUCGCAAUCAAGACCGGGGACAUCUUCAAGCCCGCGCCCAAGCGCACCGGCCUCAAGGCCAUUGUUGGCACCGUGCUGGAGGGCACCGCACGCCCCACCCCCGCGCCGGUGCUUGCCGCGGCGCACGCGGUCGAGAACGCCGAGGUGGCGGUCGUCAAGCGCGUCGAGAAGCCGAUUCACGAGGCAGAGGAGUGGGCCGUGGCUGCGCCGUUUAUUGGGCCCAUUAUCCGCGCCGGUAAGCUUGCGAACGGUGGCUUCACUGCAUGGGUUGGCAAAGAGUGGGCCAGCCGCUCCGUCGCCGCCGCUGUGCCUGACCUCGAUGUCCUCGCGCGCAUUGUCGACACCCUCACUACCCUCGCCGUCGCGUCGGCAGACGAAGACACGUACGGCUACACCCAGGCUGUGCUCCCCUCCGCCCUGGAGGCGUUCGUCCGGUUCCGCAUGGCCGCCCUCGCCCUCGAGAAGGAGCUGCUGGGCCCCGCGGGCAAGAUCGCCCCCGAUGGCGACGCCGACGUCCGGGCGGACAUUGCCAAGAUUGUCGACACGUUUGACGACGGCGUUACGCGCAUCGCGGGUCGCUUUGGCACGACACUCACCGCGUUCCGCUUCCCCACCCCAAUUGCCCAGGCCCUCACCGACAUCUGCCGCUCGGCAUAGCUACCUACCUCCCCACACACACAUACACACCC